AUGAAAGCAAAUGUCUCAAAUAAUAGCGGAGGCGAGCUCAAACAGGAAUUAAUUGCCUUAAUGCGACAAGUUGGUUUUGCAAUGAUUGCUGCUGGUUCUUUUGCUAUUCAGGACGAAAAAAUAACCAUAAAGUUACUUACACUGGCAACUAAAGUUGGAAAAGCGUGGCUAGAUUGUGGAAGAAGCGACAAGGCAGACGAGAUUUUACGAUCCGCGAAUUCGUAUGAAGACAGCGUGAUUAAUAUUCAAAACGAAUCGAACGCUAUAGCAAAAUGUAGUGCUUUAGUAUUAUACUAUGCGCACCGUGCAGAAGCGGCCUGGAAAUUAGUCAAUAGUCAUGUUGCGAAUUUGAUGAUUCAGCAUGCAACGGGUAAUACAACCGAUUCACUUCAUGCGUCUCACGAAGGGAAAACAGGCGAUGCAAUUAAAUGGCUAAGAAAAUGCCAUGACUUGAUAACAGACCAUAUGAAAGAAAAAGACAUUAAUCGAACAAAAUUACUGACGAAUACUUUAAAUCUCUUAGCGAUUUCUUAUCUAAAGAAUUCCACACAUUACGAGUCGAAUCUCUAUCUAGCCGAGAAUUUAAUAAAUUUAUGUUUAGAGGAAGAACCUACCAAUGUCUUGGCAUCUUCGCUAAAAAUCAAAAUUCUGAAAUUGCAAAACAUCGAUAACGCCAUUUUCGAAGACGCAUUUCUUCACCUGAUGAAAACCACAAAUAGACUGCUUAACAAAGAGAACUUUAAAAUCAUUCUAAACAGUGCACAUUUUGUGAGCGAAACUAACCCAACGCUUGCUUUAUCCGGUCUUGACAUUCUAUUAGAAGACACGUUAUCGGAUAAUCGUAAUAUCCAAUAUAUCGAAAAGGCGAUCGUAGCAAAAUUUCAUAUUAUAGGGAACGCAAGUUGCCAAACUUUAUUAAGUUUAGACGAUGUAAUUCAAAGCGUUCAAGUGUCUCUCGAUUAUGAACAGCGUCACGGAAUCGCUAUUAGCCAUAAGGCAAAAGUUGCAUGUCAAUUGAUUCUUUGGCAAAAUGGGGACCGAAAUUAUAUGACUCAAAAAUACGAGAUGGCAAAGAAAUGGUACAAUUUAGCGUAUAAAUGGCUUUCUUCUAACCAAUUAGAUGGAAAAAAUGCCGCUACAUUACAAAGAAAGAUCGCGUUAUGCUACCUUGAGACAAAUCAGCUUGCUGACGCGAUCGAAGCAAUUCAACAAGCGGAAAAUCAUGAACCUAAUUGCGCGGCAAAUUUCUUUAUAUUGUAUCAUAUAGAAAUGGAAAGAGGACAAUUAACGGAGGCAAUCCAAUAUCUUCGUGAUAUGUGCAAAGGGGAAAAUUUUCAUAAUAAUAUGUUAGCGAUGGCAGCCAACGAAGCCUAUCAAAAAAGUAAUAAAGAGGUAUUAAUUGAGGCGUUGAAGGAACUUCUACUGAAGCAUAAAAAGGGAGAUGAAAUGGCAAAUGUUGAUAUUUUGGUGCUGCUGAGGUGUUUAAUAAGAUUGACCCAUUCUUCGCUAACGUCUGGAAAUGAUACUGAAAAAAAGUUAGUUAAAAAUCAUCUUUGUGGAUAUUUUGAAAUUGCUUCGAAAAUAAUCGUAACGAAUAAAAAUCAAGAAGAAAACAAUACUGCCGACCCAGCCAAUUUGAAUGACUCAACAAAUUCAAAGAAGGUUCCGUUAAAUGAAAUAGAAUGGUUUUUCAAGACUGCAUGGAACAUCGGUUUAGAAUUCUGCGAGAAUUGCGAAGAGAAUAGCGAUACAUAUGCUAUAAGGAUAUUUGAAACAGCAUUAAAGUUUUUGAAUACUUAUCCGGAAGAAACAACAGAAAACAUAAAAAGGAAAAAAAUAUGUCUCUUUACUACUUUGAGUGCCAGAAUUUUUCUAGCGCGACAACAAAAAACUAUUUCGGAAAAGAAAGAUCUCUUUCAACAAUCUCUUAAAGAUAUACAGAAUUAUCGCAAAUUUCAGACAAAAUUAGGGAAACGAAAACGUACAAUUAACGACGUUGAUGAAGAAACUCCCGAUGUGGAGACGACAAAAGAAGCAGAAAAAAGUGAAACUGAUACAUUACUUGUUUUGCUUUUCGAAUUUGAAGCAAAAGUCAAUUUGUGUCUUUGGAAUGAAUUACAAACAAUUCUGGACACUGCAGCAGCUUAUGAUUUUGAUGUCCCAUCGAAAAUGUAUGAGCGUAUGGCUGAAUUGCUUAUUGAAGAAAACGAAUGUCCAAGUGAAGUUAUUUUCGCCACAUUACAGGCAUUACUCGACUCAAUAAUGAAAGGAACACAAAUAGAUAUUGAACAAUUUUCAAGAUGGUUUCGAAUGUUGGUUAUCACGGCACUUGUUAAAGGGAAACAAACGGCACUGCAGUAUUUUACACAGGCUUUGGAUAUAUUGAAUGAUUAUUCAAAGGGUAAAUAUCCAGAAGAAGAAAUACAAUGGCUAAUGGUAACAGCCUGGAAUUGCGGGAUUGAUUAUUAUUCCUCAAACGAUUAUUCACAAGCCAAAAAAUGGUGUGAGAUUGCCAUGUCAUACUGUAAAUAUGCGGAAAAUGGACAGUUAUACGAAAAAGAAAUGCGAAAAUCAUAUGGUGAAAUAAUGAAGAACUUCGAUUUCGGUGGUAAUGAUCCAAUUUAA